AUGGUUAGGGCAUCAGUUCUUCAACAAACACAUUUGUUAAUACCACGUGAGGAUCACCCACAAAACCCAGAAUUGAACUUCAGGUUGAGGGAGCAAGAAUGUGUCUCCUCAAUAAAGAAAUGCAAGAACAUGGAAGAAUUCAAGCAAGUCCAUGGCCAAAUACUGAAGUUGGGCUUUUUUCGGAGUAGUUCUUUCUGCACAAGCAAUCUUGUUGCCACUUGUGCUCUUGCAGAUUGGGGCAGCAUGGAUUAUGCAUGCUCGAUUUUUCGACAAAUUGAUGAUCCGGGUUCAUUCGAAUUCAACACCAUGAUUAGAGGACAAGUGAAGGAUAUGAACCUAGAAGAAGCUCUAUUUAUGUAUGUUGAAAUGCUUGAAAGAAGGGUUGUACCUGACAACUUCACUUAUCCGAGUGUUCUAAAGGCGUGUGCGCAUUUAAAGGCGCUAGAGGAAGGAAUGCAGAUUCAUGGACUUAUAUUCAGGCUAGGACUUGAAGAUGAUGUGUUUGUGCAGAACAGUUUGAUCAAUAUGUAUGGAAAGUUUGGAAAGAUAAGGGACUCUAGUGCUAUUUUUGAGAGGAUGGAACAAAGGACUGUUGCUUCUUGGAGUGCCCUUAUUGCAGCUCAUGCCAACUUGGGCAUGUGGUAUGAGUGCCUUAGGCUUUUUGUUGACAUGAAUAGUGAAGGAUUUUGGAGGGCUGAGGAGAGUAUACUUGUUAGUGUCCUCUCUGCAUGCACCCAUUUGGGUGCCUUUCGUUUAGGGAGGUCCACACAUGGGUACUUAUUAAGGAACUUGAGUGCCCUUAAUUUUAUAGUGGAGACAGCCUUAAUAGACAUGUAUCUAAAAUGUGGGUGCCUAAAGAAAGGGUUUUGUCUCUUCCAAAGAAUGGCCAAGAAGAACCAAAUGUCCUACAGUGUAAUGAUCUCAGGGCUUGCUGUUCAUGGAUGCAAUCAGGAAGCUCUAAAGGUCUUCUCAGAGAUGCUCAAAGAAGGGUUGAAACCUGAUGAUGCUGUUUAUGUGGGUGUGCUGGGCUCCUGCAGUCAUGCUGGCCUAGUUGAGGAAGGUCUCCGGUUUUUCGAGCAGAUGAAAUCCGAACAUGGGAUAGAACCAACAAUCCAACAUUACGGAUGUAUGGUAGAUCUCAUGGGACGAGCUGGGUUGCUUGACAAAGCUUUUGAGCUUAUCAAGAGCAUGAAAAUGGAGCCAAAUGAUGUUUUAUGGCGUAGUCUUCUUAGUGCUUGCAACGUUCAUUGUGAUGUGGAAUUAGGGGAGGUUGCAGCUAGAAACUUGUUGCAAUUAAACUCACAUAAUGCUGGUGAUUAUGUGGUGUUAUCAAAUAUGUAUGCACAAGCUCAAAGGUGGCAGGAUGUGGCUUUGAUUCGGACAGAAUUGGCUGAUAAGGGACUUGCCCAACCCCCUGGAUUCAGCUUGGUUGAGGUGAAGCGUAAGGUCUACAAAUUUGUGUCACAAGACAUGUCACACCCUCAAUGCGAUGGCGUCUACGACAUGCUCCACCAGAUGGAGUGGCAGUUGAAAUUCGAAGGCUAUUCCUCAGACACGUCGCAGGUUUUGCUUGACGUUGAUGACGAAGAGAAGAGACAACGGUUAAGUAGCCAUAGUCAGAAGUUGGCGAUUGCAUUUGCACUGUUGCAUACAUCUCAUGGAUCUCCUGUAAAGAUAGUUAGAAAUGUGAGAAUGUGUAAUGACUGUCACAAAUACACGAAAUUAAUAUCGAUGAUCUAUGAACGAAAGAUUACAGUUAGGGAUCGGAACCUGUUUCACCAUUUUAACGGUGGAACUUGCUCUUGUGGAGAUUACUGGUGA